UUCCCUCAACCGAAACUCACCUCACCUCCUCGUCACCUUCUUCUUGUAUGUAUCAUCCAUUCUCCUCCUUCCUCUACCCUCUGGUUCUGCUCUUUUCUUCUUCUUCCUCCUCAUCAUAAUAAUCAUGGCGGCAUCGUUACUGUAACAUUUUCUGAAACCUUUUUCACAAAGAUGGGUUCUGGUUCCAAAGUUGGGAAUAGCAGUCUUGAUUACUCCUUCAAGGUUUUGCUGAUUGGCGAUUCUGGGGUUGGCAAGAGCAGUCUUCUUCUCAGCUUCAUCUCUAACUCUGUUCACGAUCUCUCUCCAACUAUCGGUGUGGACUUCAAGAUCAAGUUCCUUACAGUUGGUGGUAAAAGAUUGAAACUUACUAUUUGGGACACAGCGGGCCAGGAGAGGUUUGGAACAGUGAUAAGCUCUUACUACAGAGGUGCGCAUGGAGUCAUUCUUGUCUAUGAUGUGACACGGCGUGAAACAUUUAAAAACUUGAAGGACUUAUGGGUGAAAGAAGUUGAACUCUACAGCACUAAUCCUGAGUGCAUCAAAGUUCUAGUUGGGAAUAAGGUGGAUAAGGAUAGUGAAAGAGUUGUAACCAAGGAAGAGGGUAUGGCUCUUGCACAGAAACAUAGAUGUUUGUUCCUAGAGUGUAGUGCUAAAACUAGAGAAAACGUUCAGCAAUGCUUUAAUGGUCUCUCCUUGAAGAUAUUAGAGGUUCCGAGUUUACGGGAAAAGGGGUCUUUAGUAGUGAAGAGACAAAAACAAAUGCACACGCGUGAGAGGAUGCAUCGAGGUGGAGGCUGUUGUUUAGAGUAAAUAUGGUACAACAAGAAGACGUUUUUUUUUUUGGUUGCCCACCCGGUUCACAAGAGCUGUGCCCUAACUACAUCUGGAUCUGACCCGCGUCGUGCACCUAGCUUUGGUGGAUGAGUCUCCUAGCGGAAAUUUUCUGCAUACACAAGGCUCGAACUCAAGACUUUGUUUAAGCUGAAUUGAGUUGCUUACCAUUCGGACCAACUCCUGUUGGUAACAAGAAGACACGUUAGAUUCCACACUAGAGUUACUAGAAAACAGGUAGUAUUUUAUUCAUAUCACACAGGAUCCAAUAGUCCAGAAGAUUAUUACGUCUUUGAUAUUUUUUCAAGCCUAUUGUCAUAAAUUUCUCAAGUAGUGUGACUUAGAGCAGGGAAAACAGGGCUGGCCUGUUUAACUCAAGUGCUGGGCCUGAGGUUGAUAGGCCUCAAGGGUUAUUUGGGCCAGAUCUGCUGUCAAUAUCUUUUGGUCUCAGCCAAUCUGGUUGUUUGGGUGAUCGAAACUUUGUGCUUUAGCUUUGGGAAAAUGUCAAGUACAUGUUAUGUAAAUGUGUGCUAUGAUAUCCAUUUUAAAUGUGUGAAAGUAAGUCUUGAAUCUGGCUUGUUAGAUAAGCCACAGAAAUAUACGUUUUGUAUUAUUUUUGUUUGUUGAUUUUACUUCUCCUUUUGGGCGAGUGAUGGAUUUGUAUUUCUUGAACCUCAGUUCUUAUAGCCCCAGAAAUCGAUACUUAUGCUUGUUACAGUAUCCAUUUUUGAAGCUGUUAUAAAGCUUCAUCUUUGGUCAAGUCAAUAGCGGAAGAUCUUCAUGUAUUCUUUUUAUC